GAAAUUUGUCGCUUGGGAUGACGCGAUGAGGCUAGCCAUUUGAUAGCGAUUAGAAAAUAUAUCUCCGGCCUCGCAACUUCCCUUACCCAUCAACCAGAACUAUUUUAACUAAAUCUUCGUCUAUUCAUCAUUGAUUCGACUAACAUUUCGAUACCAACCUACCUACCUACUUUCCGUAAACUGAACAAGAGAAACUCUAUACACCCCACGAUUUCUUAAAUAAAGCAACGAAACUACCCCCCACCAGCAACAUCCACCCCACUACAAACAGAGAAAAGUAUCAAGAUGUCAACUCUUAUCGAUAUUACAACAGAAGAAGAAUGGCAGAAGCACACUGAAUCUCUGCCAUCAUCGACUCUGCAGAUCAUCAACUUUCACGCACCAUGGGCAGCACCAUGCGCGCAAAUGACAACCGUCCUCCGUACCCUCGCGCUAUCCUAUCCCCCAACGACACCCCCAACCACCUCGUGGGUUUCCAUGAAUGCUGAAGAAGUAAUUUCCGUCUCCGAUGCUUUUGACGUAACCGCGGUCCCAUACCUCGUCCUCACCCGCAACAAUGUAGUCCUCGAGACCGUCUCCGGCAGCGACGCCACCAAAGUCCGCAAUGCCAUUGAAAAACACGCCAACUCCCCCUCCUCCUCCACAAACGGUACACCUGCCAAGCCCGUCCCCAGUAUAAACCAUGCCUCUACCGCGCCAUCAGCAACCGCACCUACCACUUCUACCGAAUCCGAAGAGCCAAUGUCUAAAGAAGAUCUCCACGCUCGCUUAUCCAAUCUUGUAAAGGCAGCUCCUGUGAUGUUAUUCAUGAAAGGAACACCUUCCGCACCCCAAUGCGGUUUUUCCCGUCAACUCGUUGCUUUAUUGAGAGAAAAAUCGGUGAAAUAUGGAUUCUUUAAUAUUUUGGCCGAUGAUGAGGUAAGGCAGGGUCUGAAGGAAUUUGCGGAUUGGCCUACUUUCCCACAAUUAUGGAUGGAUGGAGAACUUGUUGGAGGUCUGGAUAUUGUCAAAGAAGAAGCAGCAAAUGAUCCAGAUUUCUUCACUGCAUAUAGUGUUGCUAAACCAGCAGCAGCGGCGUAGAAAAGGAGAAGGUUGGGAAUUUGAUAAUAUCGGACACUAGGAAAAACCAGGAGAUAUACCCUAUUAAAGACAUUUUUUGCGCAUG